UCAUCGUUAUCUGUGUUUGAACAUUGUGUCUCUCUUUUCUCUUCUCUUUCCUCCAACACCAGAAGAAGGAGAAGAAAGAAGAAAGAGAUGACAACAGAGAUCACUCAUCUGAGUUCAGACCUCAUAGAACUAAUCCUAUCACUGCUCCCAAUUCCAACACUGAUCCGAGCCUCCACUGUCUGCAAACUAUGGCAAUCAAUCAUCUCUUCCUCUCCCUUCUCCGACCACAACAACAACAAAAACCAACCAUGGUUCUUCCUUCAUGGACUCCACAACAUCUCCUCCAAGAACAACCAAUCCUUCGCUUUUGACCCCAUUUCUAACUCAUGGUUCCUUCUUCCCACUUUCCCCACAACCACCACACGCCAACACCAACCAAACACUUCCUUCAUUGGCACCAAUGGCUUCUUCUUCAUCACUGCUCCUGCUUUCUGCUACACCCGCAUCCUCCACCCUCUCUGGCAUGCUACCCCACCUCUUCACUUCCCUAGAAUCAACCCUCUUCUUGGUGUUUUCAAUGAUGGGUGUCUUAAUAUUCACCCAAAGUUCAUUGUUGUUGGUGGGGUCAAGUUCAUUGGGAACUUGGUUGAUAUAGAGGACCGUUUGGAUGUUGAGAUAUUUGACCCUCUUUUGGGUACUUGGGAACUUGGUACUCCUCUUCCUGCAGAUUUCAGAUCAGGAAAUUCAUCUUCUUCCUUAUCCUCUGCUUUGUUUAAGGGAAGGUUUUUUGUGUUUGGGAUAUAUUCUUGUUUUGUUUCGUCUUUUGAUUUGAACCAACGUGUUUGGAGUGAGGUUCAGACACUUAGGCCUUCUGGGGUUGUUUUUUCCUUCUUGAUUGCGUGCAGGGAACAACUUGUUCUGGCUGGGAUCUGCAAUUUGCCACAUGGGUCUUCCUUCAAUUUGUGGAAGGUUGAUGAGAAGACCAUGGAGUUCAAUGAGAUUGCUGUGAUGCCACAUGAUUUGCUUUAUAGCUUGUUUGAUGGUGAUGAGGAUGAUAAAUUUGCAAGCUUGAAAUGUGUUGGGUUGGGUGAUCUUAUAUAUGUUUUCAAUGAAGACUAUCAUAGGGUGUAUCCAGCUUGUGUAUGUGAGAUUCAUGGUGAAUCUGGGAAGUGUAGUUGGAGGAGAGUGCCUCAAUUGCCAUCACCAGUGAACAGGUUUCACAAAGUCAUUAGUUUUUGUUCAACUCUUUCACUGCCUAGUAUUCUGGGUGAACGUGAACAUCCUGGACUUCAAUAGGCUCUACGGUGGUCAUUUUCCUACUAGUAUGAUGCUGUUAUUGAUCUGUAUCCGAGUAAAACUGUGAUUCUACAAUUCAACAAAAAACAAAAGGAAAUGCUCAUUGACAGAAAAGAAAGGUUCAAGGUUCAAGGUUCAAGUAGAAGAAUCAUUUGCUCAAAACGGUAGUAUAUAGAUGCUGCAGACACCAAAGGCUUGUGCAUCAUUCACAUCAGAAAAGAGCAGAAGUUGUCAUAAAGUAUGUAGUAGAUAAUUAUAGAUGUGUUUUUUUUUUUUUUGGAAAAAAUAAUUAUAGAUGUGUGUAUACCUUAUUUAGCUGUCAUAAAACAUGGGUCAAUCCUUUGCCUUCUCUUCCCAUCCUUACCAAGUAAUAUUGGCAACUGUGUUGUAUUAAGUAAUAAUUAUGUGAGUUAUUUAGUGUUAUGUUGCAUUUCUAAGUACUGAUAUUGGCAACAGUUUGGUAUUAGUCAUUUAAUAUGUUGCUAAAAGUAGUCUAAGUGGUACACAUUGGCAUUUUCAGCCAUUUAGAUUCACUUCAUCAAGAU